CCUCGCCAAGUGCCCAUGCUGCCUGUGCCGCCUCUGCCGGCUCCUGAGGGUGAAGGCGCGGGGCUGCGAGGGUGCCGACAGCCGGAGGUGUCCGUGCCACCCCUUGCUGUGGCUGAGCAGGCCUGACGCCGGACAGGGCCAGGCCUCACGGUCCCUUGGCCCAGUGUCCGUCCGUGGGGAGCCCUCAGCAGCCGCUACCAUCAGCCUGCAGGAAAGUUCUGGAAGAGGUGGUGGCCGUCCCCCGGGUGGUUCAUGGGCAGCGGCAGGGGCUCCCCGCAGUGGCCGGGCCCGCCAUGCUGCAGUGCAGGCCGGCCCAGGAGUUUAGCUUCGGCCCCCGGGCCCUGAAGGAUGCCCUGGUGUCCACCGACCCGGCCCUGCAGCGGCUCUACGCGUCUGCAUUCUCCCCGGCCGAGAGGCUCUUCCUGGCCGAGGCCUACAACCCGCAGAGGACGCUCUUCUGCACGCUGCGCAUCCGCACGGCCUUCGACUGGCUGCUCAGCCGCCCCGAGGCCCCGGAGGACUUCCAGACCUUCCACGGCUCCCUGCCGCCCAGGAAGCAGAGCCCGGCUCGCAAACACAUCUACCUGCAGCCCAUAGAUCUGAGCGAGGGCCCGGCGGGCGGCGUGCUGCUGGAUCACCUGCGCAGCUGCACGGAGGCCUUCUUCCCGGGCCUGCAGGUCCGGUGCCUGCCCGCGGUGGCGGCCGCGUCCAUCCGCUGCUCCUCGCGCCCCAGUCAGGACUCGGAGAGGCUGCAGCUCCACACAGACGGCAUCCUGUCCUUCCUGAAGAACAGCAAGCCGGGAGACGCGCUGUGCGUGCUGGGCCUCACGCUGUCCGACCUGUACCCCUGCGAGGCCUGGAGCUUCACCUUUGGCAAGUUCCUUCCAGGGCACGAAGUGGGCAUCUGCAGCUUCGCCCGGUUCUCGGGGGAAUUCCUGCAGGUGGGGCCCAGCGCCCCUGAUCCGGCCCCGGCAGAGGUGGCAGCAGAGGGCCCCGAGACGCCCCUGCAGGACAGAGGCCAGACCCUGUGCUUCAGCGCCCUGGGGAUGGUCCAGUGCUGCAAGGUCGCGUGCCACGAGCUCUGCCGCCUUCUGGGCCUGGGGCACUGCCGCUGGCUGCGCUGCCUCAUGCAGGGGGUGCUCAGCCUGGACGAGGCGCUGCGGCGGCCCCUGGACCUCUGCCCCAUCUGCCUGCGGAAGCUGCAGCACGUCCUGGGCUUCAAGCUCGUGGAGAGGUACAAGAGGCUCUACUCCUGGACUCAGGCGGUGGUGGGGACGCCGCCCGGCCCGGAGGCGGGGGAGCCGUCGUUGUCGGAGGACACCCUGCCCGGCAGCGCUGACUCGGGCCUGUGCUGCGAGAGCGACUCGGAGCCUGGCACCAGCCUGUCGGAGCCCCUGAGCCCCGACACCUGGAGCCGUGCCUUCUCCGCAGGGCCCGAGCUGGAGCCUGAGGACGGCCUGAGCUCCCUGGCCGCCUCGGAGGGUCCGCCGCAGCUCGGAAUGCCGGCGGAGGCCAUCAGGGAGCACGGACGGUGGCUGGCGACGUGCAUCCAGGCCCUGGAGAGGGAAGUGACUGAGGAGGAGCUGGCGCGGGUGGACGGAGCCGUGGACGCCCUUGCCCGGUGGGAGAUGUUCACGGGGCGGCUCCCGGCCACCAGGCAGGACCUGCCCUGCGGCGGAGACGGCCCGGGGCUGCGCAAGGUCUUGGGGGACAAGUUCUCCUCCCUCAGGAGGAAGCUGAGUGCGCGCAAACCGUCCAAGGCGGACGCCUCGCCCUGUCGCUGGAAGGCUGAGGAGCAUUAGCACAGCCAGCGCGUCCUGCCCAGGGCCUGUCUUUCCUUGGGACAGCACCUGCCUGGCCCUGCCCAGCGACCAAGGGUGCUGCGGGCCCACCCGGGGUCCGAAGGAGAGGGCCCCAGGGAAGCCGACGAGGAUGUGUGGUCAGGUGGCUCUCUCAGUCCCUGUGUCCCACCACUUGCCCUGUCCUGACCCCAGCCUCCCACUGUGGCCAGUGGCCCCCGGGUCCCACAGAGGGUUCACAGGCACCCAGAGGGGCUGUCCACAGGCUCAGCCUGGACGUCACCAUGGGUGGCGGGAGGCAGGGGGCUGUCCCCUGAAGACUGGGGCCUGCAAGUCCCUCUGGGGAUUUAUAGCUGGGGCUCAGAGGCCGCCUCUGGCAGAGUGACAGGGUGGGGGGCCCGGGGACCCUGCUGCCGCAAACUCGGGCUCCAAGGCCCAGAGCCGAGGUCUCCACUCAGAGGGGACGUGAGGGGGUCUGUCUCUAUCCACCAUGUCCCCCCUGUACACACACAGAAAGGGUGGCUUUCUGCGGCCCCAAUGGCACUCUGAUCUGCAGGGCCUUCAGGAAGGCGUCCCUGUGACGGUUCCGGAUGGUCACCACCCACCACAGGACAUGCCCAUUGAGGGCUGCUGUUUCUUGACAAAUGCUGAGAAAGGAGACUGCUCUGCAGAUUUGAGGGGCUGCAAGGCCCUCUGACGCCCCGAGACGGCUGCCUGCUGUAGCCUGCAGGUCCGUCCCUGGUCCCGUUUCCUGACAGAGGUGGCCUGCGAUGUCGGCCUCAGGUCAAGGUGGUUCUCUUGGUGUUGGCAACAUCAUGUACCUACGGAUCUUUUUUGUCUGGUUCUUUCAGUUGCUGAGAGAACAGCUGAUGCAGAUGUGAAAACAUCGGCCACAUCUGUGCAAGUGUCUGUGCUUCCCUUUAACUUUGUCAGCCUUGUUCUCGUUAUCGGAAGCUCCUUUGUGUGCAUACACAUCUGAUUGCUGUGUUUUCCUAUGAAUUGGCCCCGUUUUCAUUAUCAAAUGCCCCAGUCUGCCUGCGGCGUACAAGUGACAGCAGAAUUGAGUGGUGAGCGGGAUCACACCAUUUCUCUGGUCUGGAAAGAGGCAGGAACACGGGCAGCUCAUGUAUCUUGUGGGGAGCUUAUACAGUUUUGGGGGCGCUCUAAGAAAAACAGUAUAUGAUACAAAUGGAGAAUUAGGAGGGUCCCACCCAAGCACGGAAGCCUGGAGCUUCCUUGUCAUCUGACUCCGGGCAAGAGCCAGAUCCUGGUCCCAGAGACGAGCACAGGGAGCAGCAUGUAUGGGAGUCAAAGAGCAAAGAUGCGGCUCUCAGGUCUCCUCUUCUCUUUUGUGAGGCUGGAAAGAGGCAGCACGAGGAUACAGAGGUGACUGUGACGGAAAGGGGUAAGACGAAGGGCUGGGCUCUGCAGAAAGUGAGCCAGGGU